AACCGGCAUCCAGGAACAGGGAGUACUCAGUGCCCCUUCCCUGUACCACCCCCCAUGCUGCCCCUGUCCCGCUGGCUGAGAUCUGUGGGGCUCUUCUUGCUGCCAGCCCCCUGCUGGGUGCCCCGGGAGAGGUGGCUGGGUCCCCUACGGCGGCCCUCCCUGGUGCACGGGUGCCCAGUCCUGGGGGCAUGGCACAGUGCUCGCUGCUGGUGCCAAGCGUGGACAGAGGAGCCUCGAGCAUUUUACUCCUCCCUCAGAAUGAACGGAGACCAGAAAUUGGACGCUUAUGCCCGAGAAAGGCAGGAUUUCAUCCAGCACUUCUCCCAGAUCGUCAAGGUGCUGACUGAGGAGGACAUCGGGCACCCAGAGAUAGGAGAUGCUGUUGCCCGACUCAAGGAGGUUCUGGAGUACAAUGCUGUCGGAGGCAAGUACAACCGAGGUAUCACGGUGCUGGUGGUAUUCCGGGAGCUGGUGGAGCCCAGGAAGCAGGAUGCUGAUAGUCUCCAGCGGGCCCUGACCGUGGGCUGGUGUAUUGAACUGCUCCAAGCCUUCUUCCUGGUGGCAGAUGACAUUGAGGACUCCUCCCUCACCCGCCGGGGCCAGACCUGCUGGUAUCGGAAGCCAGGCAUAGGUUUGGAUGCCGUCAAUGAUGCUUUCCUUCUGGAAGCUUGUAUCUACCGCCUGCUGAAGUUCUACUGCCGGGAGCAGCCCUAUUACCUGAACCUGAUUGAGCUCUUCUUGCAGACUUGCUACCACACUGAGAUCGGACAGACCCUGGACCUCAUCACCGGCCCCCAGGGCAACGUGGAUCUUGGCAGGUUCACUGAAAAGAGGUACAAGUCUAUUGUCAAGUACAAGACAGCUUUCUACUCUUUCUACCUGCCCGUGGCUGCUGCCAUGUAUAUGGCAGGCAUUGAUGGGGAGAAGGAGCACGCCAAUGCCAAGAAGAUCCUGAUGGAGAUGGGAGAGUUCUUUCAGAUUCAGGACGAUUACCUCGACCUCUUUGGGGACCCCAGCGUGACAGGCAAGAUCGGCACAGACAUCCAGGACAACAAGUGCAGCUGGCUGGUGGUUCAGUGUCUGCAGCGGGCCUCUCCGGAGCAGCGCCAAAUCCUGCAGGAGAACUAUGGGCAGAAGGAUGCUGAGAAGGUGGCCCGAGUGAAGGCGCUGUAUGAGGAGAUGAAUCUGCAGGCAGUGUUCCUGCAGUACGAGGAAGACAGUUACAGCCACCUGAUGGGUCUCAUCGAGCAGUAUGCUGCGCCCCUGCCCCCGGCCAUCUUCCUGGAGCUGGCACACAAGAUCUACAAGAGGAGAAAGUAGCCCAGAGACUGAAGGUGGGGAGGGGGGGCCCUCAAUAAAUUACUGUCUAACCUCC